AAAAGGGGAAGAAUGAAGAAACAAAUCCAAGAAAAAGAAAACAAAAAAGAGAAUAAAAGAAUGGAGAAAAAUUAAAAGAGUGCGUCUGUCUUCAACCCAGUGACUCAGUGAGGCAGUGAGGCCAUCUUUUCAGUUUUCAGUAAAGAAAACGCUCUUUCUCUCUCCUCCUUCGACUCUCCUCAAAUCUGCUUCUCCUCUUCACUGUUAGGAGGAGAGAGAAAGUGAGAGUUUUCUCGGGGGAGAAGUUGGAUGGGAAGAUGUCAGACCUUGACAAGCAAAUAGAGCAGUUAAAGAGGUGCGAACCCUUGAAGGAAUCUGAAGUUAAAGCACUUUGCCUUAAAGCCAUAGAAAUUUUAGUCGAAGAAAGUAAUGUUCAAAGAGUUGAUGCUCCUGUCACUAUAUGUGGUGACAUUCAUGGGCAGUUUUAUGAUAUGAAAGAACUGUUCAAAGUUGGUGGUGAUUGUCCGAAGACAAACUACCUGUUUUUAGGAGAUUUUGUGGACAGAGGAUUUUACUCUGUUGAGACAUUCCUUCUUCUUCUUGCCCUUAAGGUGAGAUAUCCAGAUCGGAUAACUCUAAUUAGAGGGAACCAUGAGAGUCGUCAAAUUACUCAGGUCUACGGUUUCUACGAUGAGUGCCUCCGCAAGUAUGGCUCUGUGAAUGUUUGGAGAUAUUGCACCGACAUUUUUGAUUACUUAAGUUUAUCAGCUCUCAUUGAGAACAAGAUCUUUGGUGUUCAUGGUGGUUUAUCUCCGUCUAUAACAACAUUAGACCAGAUACGGACAAUUGACAGAAAGCAAGAAGUACCACAUGAUGGUGCCAUGUGCGACCUCCUAUGGUCUGACCCUGAAGAUGCAGUUGAUGGUUGGGGAAUGAGUCCCCGUGGGGCUGGCUACCUUUUUGGUGGCAGUGUGGUUACCUCAUUCAACCACACCAAUAACAUUGAUUAUAUAUGCCGUGCACAUCAAUUGGUAAUGGAAGGUUAUAAAUGGAUGUUUAACCAUCAGAUUGUUACAGUUUGGUCUGCUCCAAAUUACUGUUACAGAUGUGGUAAUGUUGCUGCAAUACUUGAGCUUGAUGAGAAUCUUAAUAAAGAAUUCCGUGUUUUUCAAGCUGCUCCACAGGAUGCAAGAGGAACUCCUGCUAAAAAGCCUGCACCAGAUUACUUUCUCUGAAGAUAUCACAGGUCAUGAUAUACUCUGCUCAAUCAGCGAUUAUUUUAUUGUGGUACAUACGAUAGAGAAUGAAAGAAUGGUUUGGCUUCUUGAAGGGGUUGAGCUCCCAACCCGGGUCACGUGUGAAUUUUGGGCUGUACUCGGAACCUAUUCUGCAACUUUAACUAUCCUGUCAGUUUUUGCUUUUACUUGUAUUGUGUACUGUGGAAUCAAACAUGAAGCUGCCCUACUCCUAUAAAUCUACAACUUAGGAAAGAGUAGGGGUGCUUAUGGUGUGUGAAGAGUUUAUAGUUUGAAAUAGGCUUCAUUGAGACGCAUAGGUGAAAAUUUACAUGUAAUUUCUAAUGUUUCAGUUUUGAUUGUGUUGGGGAAACAUUUGAGUUGAAUUGGCUGUACAAUGAAAUGCAUCAUUCAUUACCA